GCAUCUUCAUCUCAUCCAUCACACAACACACAACCUAGCUAGCUACUGGAAGGUACUUGUACUUGCUGCUGAUCAAUCUUGCACACCCAGUUGAAGGUCGACGAGGGUGCCAAGCAUGGCGUCCAAGGGUCUCAUUGUGGUUUCUGUCCUGCUUGCUGCGGCUUUCCUCGUGGCCACAGCUGAACAAACUCAGGCCAAGAAGGAGGAGACCCAGGCCCGUGUUCAGGGUGGCUACCCCGGCGGCGGUGGCAGGGGCGGUGGCUACCAUGGCGGAGGCGGAGGCGGCGGGUACCCUGGACACGGCGGGGGCGGCAGCGGCGGCGGCUGCAGUCACCGAUGCUGCGGGCACGGUGGCUGCCACUGCUGUGCCGGCCCCGACGAGAUCCCCAAGCCCAAGUAUCGGGCGGAGGUCCGCAACUAAGUGCCGGAUGCAGCAGCGUGCAUGGGUAGUAUAGACUUGCUCGUUGCACGCACGUAGUAAUACAUGGUGAAUAAGAAGGUAGUGCAUGUGUAUGUAUGUACGUAUACGUACACAUUGCACUGUUAUCAUGAUCCAAUACCAGGACUCCGUUCUGGUCGUGUUUUUGUUUACCCUGUAAGAGUUGUCUUUGUUGCUCAAUAUGCAGGCAACUCCCGUGCAUGCAUGUUAUAACAAAA